CAGACAGUUUAAAUGUAUUGUUUAGCUGUAAAUGUUUUAUGAUGUGUUCAAUCAAUUUAUCUUUGGAAUUUUCGGUAGACUGCUAGUCAUAGCAAAAGGAAGCUGUAGGCCUGUAAAUGUAUAUAACUUACUGAGAUGCAGUUGCGACAGGAUAUUUCAGCAUAAAUCCUUAUGUAGAAUAUUAACCGAGCAAUAUUUAAAUUUUACAGAGAUACAUCAUUGUCUGUUGAGCAAAUACUGAUGCCACUUACCACUGCAAUAAAUGAACAUGAAGUUACUCGGUUCAAUAUAAUGCGAAGAAAUGUUUGGGAUGGCACAGUGAGAGCAAUGAGUAGACCAAACUUUACUCCAAAAAAAAGAAUUGAUGUAAAAUUUACUGACGAUAUUGGCAUUUCUGAAGGAGCAGUAGACCUUGGUGGUCCAAAACGUGAAUAUUUUCGCUUAUGCCUGAAAUAUUUGAAAGAUUACAGUGGAAUGUUUGAGGGUGCUUCAGGGAGCAAACUUUUAAGUUGCAAUUCAGCAGCAUUAAAGGAAAAUUGCUAUUUUUUUGCGGGACAACUGAUAGCAAUGUCUGUUGUGCAUGGGGGGCAAUCACCAUGCUUUUUCUCCCCAAUUCUUUAUAAAUCCUUGGCCAAAGGUCCAGAAAAUACUGAAGCAGAAGUUGAGGAUAUUCUUGAUAUUGAUAUUCAUAAUCAACUUAUAGAGAUAAAAACAGCUACAUCAGACACACAAUUGCAAGUGGCUAUCAGUAGAGCAUCCUGCAUUUUAAGCCUUUCUGGGUGUUUCAAAAAAAUCACCUUGGAAAAUAAAGGAGCUGUUACCAAAGAUGUGGCACAUUGGUAUGUGUUACAGAGAACAAGAACUCCAUUUGAAAGAUUUCAAGAAGGACUGCAGAGCCUUGGAGUUCUUUCAGCAUUGCAGCAGUUUCCACAGCAGCUUCAAUCCCUUUUUAUUAAAUUGGAGAAAAAAUUAACAGCUAUUGAAGUUGAACAACUUUUCAAGUUUCGUAUGUCAGAGGAAGGAAGCAACAGAUAUGAAGCUGAAUUACUUGUAGUGGGAUUUUGGAGAGACUAUCUGCAAGAUGCAGAAUUUUGUGUUGAUGCAGUGACACUGGAAGAAAUACUUAUUUUUGCAACAGGAAGUGAUUCAGUUCCUCCUCUUGGUUUCUUUCCUGAGCCAUCUUUGGAGUUCUUGCACUGCAAGUCAAAAUUCCCUUUGGCGAAUACCUGCGACUGCAUACUUAGGAUUCCUCUAACCAAGAAUUAUACUAACUUUAAAAACAAUAUGAAUUUUGGCAUUAGAAAUUCCCCAGGGUUUGGAAAGGCUUAAUGAAAAUGAUGAUGUAUAUUUCAAACAUUACACAUUAAGCAAUAAAAAAAAUCUUUUGUGGUAUUUGUACACUUUUCAACAUCAGAAUGUUUCAUUUGCAAAAAGAACAAAGUUACACUGUGUUUUUAAUUAUUGUUCAUAUAUUUGAAAUAAAUUAAUUUUGUAUUGUCAAGGAAUCAG